AUGGUUGUCGAAGACGGGCCUCUCUUUUCGAGCUUUCUAGUAGAGCUCUUCACAAGCCUUCUCAUUCAUGGUGUGUCUGCUUCUUUAGUUCCUAUAAGGCCUAUCAUCCAGAGGUAUGGAAUGGGAGAGGUGUCUAUUAAGAUCAGGCCAGCUUCUCACCGUUCCGAGGCGUCUCGAAGGUCGACAGGAGACUUCAUACUCGAGGGUGAUAGAAUCAAAGGUGCGAAGGCGGCCUUGGACGAGGAUGCUCGAGUGUGCACCAACUACUCCGCAAACUAUGUGGAGAAGACUUUUAAUGCAUUUCGACACUUUAAUCAAGGCACAGCCAUCUUCACUCUGCCUCACACACCUAUUAAAUGUGCUGGAGCUCCUCAAAAAGUCAUGUACCUCUUUGAAGAUUACCUAGCUGAGGUUUGUUCUUGUAAUACUUUUUUUUUCUUUAUUUGUGGCUUAAAGAUAUCGAACUCCUUCAGAAGGCCCUCAUUCAUGCAGUGGUCGGAAAUUCAUAUAGAUUCACCUUCAUCAUCCUUAAAUAUCCAUUGUAAUGAGCAUCGAAUGCAUCGGGGUUGGCUUAAUCGGUGA